AAAAAAUUGUACACUCGAGAUUGACAAAACCUGUCUGGAUUAUACUAGGCCAACCUCACUUUAAACGUAUCAGAAUGUCAACGACAGAUUCUCAACACACUUGACACUUUUUUGAAGAUAAACGUUUAAAACGUGUGCUGGUUGUCUUAUGUGUUUUGGGGCCUAUUUGUAAUAGUGAAGGUCUUCAUACGUCGAUUGGAACAUCAUUCGCGAAUGUCACUUUCCCCUGUUCACUAUAGCAUAGGUCACUGACUAGUGUCACCAACCGCAAGACUCCAAAAGACCUGCAGACCGGUGGCGAUUUUUAUUUAUUGUAAAAAUGAACCUUAUUGGGAGCUACCAGCAUCAUCAUCUGAUGCACGAGACGUUUCCAUUCGUCCAGAGGUGUCAUCAAGAUUAUCCCUACUUCCAAAACUGGGUGGUGAACCAUGGUGAAGUCAACUCUGAUUUCCAGAUCCAGAUGCCUUACUCCACGGAGUUCGGGGCUCCGGGUCCGGCGCAAGAAAGUCAGCUGGACGCUCUCUCCGCGUGCAUGGGGAAGAGGAGAGCAUCAGGGCCGAAGAAGGAGCGGAGAAGGACGGAGAGCAUCAACACCGCGUUCGCCGAACUGAGAGAAUGUAUACCUAACGUACCGGUGGAUACGAAACUGUCCAAAAUUAAAACGUUACGACUAGCAACAAGUUACAUUGCCUACCUAAUGGACGUGCUGGCUAAAGAAACUGGGGAGACAGAGGGAUUCAAGGCCGAAAUCAAGAAAUAUGAUAGAGAUUUGAAACGGAAACGGGAAACGAACGAUGGCCUGCAAGAGUCAUUAGGAAACGAGAAAAAGUUCAAAGGACGGACAGGUUGGCCACAGCAAGUCUGGGCUUUGGAACUGAACCAGUGAAUGUUUUGACCUCUGAGCAUGCAACCCACUCAAAGACUCCGUAUUCAAGCACGUCGCUGCAAGGAAUACAACCACUUAUACUCAUCUACUGUAUAUACGUGCAAUGUUUAAAUUCAAACAAGGUGGACUUGGUAAAAUGCAUUAUUAUGCAAAUAUUUCAACAACUGCCUGGUAAACGUUUCUUUGUCAAUUGUCGUCUGAGAGAACUUAAAUGAAAGUUGUAUAGCUUAGAAUAAAUAUUUUUGGUUGUGGAUAGGCCACAAUAACGAACGGAGAGACUGGGAUAUUUGAGGUGUUUCUUUAUGCCUCACGGUUAUGGGGCAAUGCUGUUCAGCAUUAUUUUUCCCGCUUUGCAUUUGUCUUGUUGUAGUAGAGUCGACUUACUGUCGUGCUAUGUCUUGUAAAAAAAAAUGUUGAAUCUACCUCAAAUUAAUGUAACUGUUCGUUUGAAAUAGAAAACUAAUACAUUCAGCAGUUCAAGACAAAUAACCGAUUUUUUUUAAAACAAUGGAACGCACAGGUUUAUAUUACUUCGAAAUGA